AUGACUGACCAGUCCGACACGCUGAACCUUAUCCUCCUUGGCGACCAGACGGGCAAUGUCUCCUCGCUGGCCAAGAGACUGCUGCUGGAUGCCCCGCAGAACGUUGCCCAGAGCGAGUUUGUCCGUGAUGCGAGUGCCGCAUUGAGAGCUCUCACAGAUCGACUUCGCCCUUUCCAUCGCGAGUCUCUUCCUCGCUUCGACACGGUUCACGCACUGGCUGCUAUAUAUCACGAGAGCAAUGGUAACUGCCAUCCUGCCAUUGCUAGCACUCUGCUCGCCAUUGUUCAAUUGUUACAGCUAUUUCGAUACUUGGAAGGCAAGCCUCGCCGGCCAGAUACCAACCAGGAUACUGCCGUCGUGGGCUUCUGUACUGGAUCCCUAGUUGCUGCCGCAUACGCUGCCUGUGUCUCUCUGGAUGACCUCAAGGCACUGGCGGUGCCCACUGUCUGCAUCGCGUUCCAGAUGGGUCUUCAGGCCUCCACCGCCAGCAACAUGCUCUAUGAGCAGGGCAGCACCCUAGAGAGCUGGUCGACGGCCAUCUCGAAAAUCACAGAGGACGAGGUCCUCUCCGCCCUCAGUGUGUACGACGCAGGGGGUAUGCUCUCCCUCCGCCAUCGCUGCUUUGUGAGCGCUGUCAGCCUAAACAGUGUCACAGUCAGUGGCUCACCACCUGCAUUGCAACGUUUCACGGACGGCCUGAAAACAUCUCAGCCAGAACUAAAACUCCGGCCACUUCCCAUCUUCUCUGCAUACCAUGCCUCCCAUAUCCACGCUGUGCUGGACUUCCCCAGCUUUCUUGCCCGUGCCGGCGUGGACCCUGAACUACUUGCCAGCUUCCCGACGAGCAAGACUCUACUUUGUCCAUUGACAGGGAAGCCGGUGGAAUCUCCAAAUGCUCUUGGCCUGUUCAGGAGUGUUGUCCAUCACACAUUGCAGGCUCCGCUGCGCUUGGACCUCGUGGUUGACCAGUGCGUGGCACAGAUCAAAGCGAGUAACAAGACUUCCAUCACGCUGGACGUGGUUGGACCUACUCCUGGUGCGGAAAGUGUUGCGGCUGCAUUGAGAUCUAGAACCCAGGCCCCUGUAUCCGUCAGAGAGCUCGUGGCACUGGAUACUAGAAAGGACCGGUCACCAUCGGCGUAUAGCAAUGCCCCUCUCGCGAUAGUGGGACUGUCGGGCCGAUUCCCUGGUGCUGACAAUGCUGAGGAGUUGUGGAGGGUCUUGGAGGCCGGACUCGAUAUGCACCGGGUGAUCCCUAAAGACCGAUUUGAUGCAGAUCACCACGUUGAUCCGAGUGGGAAAGCAAAAAAUACCAGCUGGACACCGUAUGGCUGCUUCAUCGAUCGACCGGGCGAGUUCGAUCCCCGAUUCUUCAACAUGUCUCCCCGUGAAGCCCUGCAGACAGAUCCCAUGCAGCGUCUGGCUCUGGUCACCGCGUACGAAGCACUCGAGAUGUCGGGAUAUGUUGCCAACAGGACCCGUUCGACAGCCCUCAAUCGCAUCGGCACUUUCUACGGCCAGACCAGCGACGAUUACCGGGAAGUCAACGCAUCCCAAGAUAUUGGGACAUAUUUUAUCACUGGUGGCAUUCGUGCCUUUGGACCGGGACGAAUCAACUACCACUUCAAAUUCGAAGGGCCCAGUUUCAAUGUCGACACGGCCUGCUCCUCCAGUCUGGCCGCCAUCCAACUUGCCUGCACUUCGCUGUGGAGUGGCGACUGCGACACCGCUGUAGCCGGUGGUUUGAGCGUACUCACCUCCCCCGAUCUCUUUUCAGGAUUAAGUCGAGGCCAGUUUCUCUCGCAGACAGGACCAUGCAAAACUUUUGACAAUGCCGCCGAUGGCUACUGUCGUGCCGAUGGCGUAGGAAGCGUCGUGAUCAAGCGGCUAAGCGAUGCCGAGCUGGACAAUGAUAACAUUCUUGCUGUGAUUCUCGGGGCAGCGACAAAUCACUCCGCGAAUGCAGUGAGCAUCACGCAUCCGCAUGCUGGAGCUCAAUCGAAUCUUUACAGACAGGUACUGCAGCAAUCCGGCGUAGACGCGUUGGAUGUAGGCUACGUCGAGAUGCACGGAACCGGCACGCAGGCUGGAGACGGAACAGAGAUGCGGUCUGUCGUUGACGUUUUUGCUCCAGAGCGUCGGGGUCGAAAUGCCAAUAACCCGCUGUAUGUGGGAGCGAUCAAGGCAAAUAUUGGCCAUGGUGAAGCUUCAUCCGGUGUUUCAUCCCUAAUCAAGUCCAUCCUCAUGUUUAAGAAAGGCUUCAUCCCGCCUCACAUCGGCAUAAAAAAUGAGAUCAACAAGGGCUUCCCUGAUCUUGAAGCAAGAAAUGUCCGCAUCGCGAUGGCAAAAACACCACUCCCUCCGCCGAAAGGGCAGAAGCGAACGGUUUUGGUGAAUAAUUUUAGUGCUGCAGGUGGUAACACGGCUCUUCUUAUCCAAGAACCUCCAUCCGUGGAUCGCAAGGAGAUUGAUCCUCGUCCGUCCCACGCAGUGACGGUUUCCGGACAUACCGUCUCGGCGCUUGACAACAACAUCCAGCGGCUGGUUGAACAUCUGUCGAGCAACCCAGAUAUUCUUCCUGGCGAUCUGUCAUACUCUACGACUGCUCGACGCACCCACUAUCGCUUCCGCGUGACGGUUGCUGAACCCUCAACGGAGCGUAUUCGAGUUGCCCUAGAGACUAAGCGAGAACUCGGUGCGUCCAAGUCGCAGUCAACCGACAAAAAUGAUGUGAUUUUUGUCUUUACCGGCCAGGGCGCAAGCUAUCCAGCUCUCGCCCAGGAGCUGUACGCAACAUCGACCCAGUUCCGUGCGGACAUCUCCCUAUUCGAUGGGAUCGCAAAACAGCAAGGAUAUACCUCAUUCCUCCCUCUCGUCGAUGGAAGUGUCUCGGAUUUGACUCAGCUCUCCGCGAUCCAGACACAGGUCGGUCUAGUCGCGAUCCAGAUCGCCCUGUCUCGUCUAUGGAAGUCAUGGGGUAUCAUACCGACCGCCGUCGUUGGCCAUAGUCUCGGCGAGUAUGCUGCUCUCCAAGUAAGCGGCGUACUGUCCAUCAGCGAUGCAAUUUUCCUUGCUGGCCAUAGAGCUCGUCUUUUGGAAGGUCGAUGCCGGAUGUAUACUCACUCUAUGCUGGCUGUAUCGGAGGCUUUUGCGGUUCUUGAACCGGUGUUGUCCGGUUUCCCUAACAUUGAGCUAGCGUGCGCAAACAGUCCUCGAGAGGCUGUCUUUGCAGGUAAGCGAGAAGCAAUUGACGAUCUGGAAAGAGAGCUAUCUAGUGCGCAUAUUCGCUCCACAAAACUCCAAGUUCCUUUUGCCUUUCAUUCCGCGCAAGUCGAUCCCAUCCUGGACGAUCUGGAAGGGGCGGCCAAAGCGAUCAACAUGGGCCCUCCUCAGAUCCCCAUCAUCAGCUCACUUGCCGGGAAGCCACUUGGCCUUGACGAUCGAAUUGACGCUUCUUACAUUCGCAACCACUACCAAGGCCUUGCGAAUGAAUCGACGACGUUCAUCGAGAUCGGACCUCAUCCAAUCUGUCUAGGUAUGAUCCGUGGAAUUCUCGGCGAUGGUCCCCUUAGACUGGCAACUCUGCGUCGAAAGGAGAAUCCAUGGAAGGUUAUCGUGAGUAGUUUGGCUUUCUUGCAUGAUCAAGGAUUCGCGAUCAAUUGGUCUGAAUACCAUCGUGACUUUAACCACACUCAUCGCCUUCUUACUCUUCCUUCAUACUGCUUCGAUAACAAGAACUACUGGAUGGAGUAUCGCAAUAACUGGACCCUUCGAAAGGGCGAUGCCGUGUCUACAACCGGGCCGGUCAGCCAGGAUCAAGAGCCAAAGAAACUGUCCAGCUCUGUUCAUCGUGUUGUGGAGCAACAUUACGAUGAACCCGAGCCAAUCGUGGUGUUCGAAACAGAGCUCUGGGAUUCCCAGCUGCAUUCUGCUGUCAGUGGGCAUCGUGUGAAUGGUGCCGCUCUUUGUCCGUCGUCCAUAUAUGCAGAUAUUGCCCUCACAACUGCCCACCACAUCCAACAAGAAAAUAAAUCCGGCAUCUCUUCCCCCGGUCCCAAUGUUACCGACAUGGAGGUGGUUCAGCCAUUGAUCAUUAAGACUCCCAUAGAAGAAGAAACCCGUGUCUUGCGACUUGUUGCGCACAUCAACAGAGCAUCGCAGACAGUGCGAGUCGAAUACAUCACUCUCACAGCAGACCGCAAGACAACGACUAAACAUGCACAUUGCGUGGUCGAGUACGGAUCACCAGACAAAUGGCUUGGGCGUUGGUCGCAUCAUCUGCAUCUCGUCCAGGAGCACAUCGACGGACUCGAAAAGAAGGCCACGCUGGGCGAAGUCAGUAAAAUCACCAGUCGUCUGGCCUAUCGACUAUUCAGUAGUCUGGUAGACUACGCUCCCCAGUAUCAGCGAAUGGACCAAGUUCUUCUCGCCAGUGACCUUUUCGAGGCGUCCGCCACCGUCAACCUGGAUGACCGAGGAGACGAUGCCUCGUUCCACUGCAGCCCGUAUUGGAUUGAUGCAUUGGCCCAUCUAUCCGGGUUCGUGAUGAACGGCAAUGAGACCAUCGACUACAAUGAAGCGGUCUACAUCUCUCACGGAUGGGAAGGUAUGCGAUUUGCCAAGCCGCUUGUGUCUGGCGGACACUACACAACGUAUGUCCGCAUGCUCCCCAGUGACAAGACUAUGGUGGGUGGCGAUGUGUGGAUCUUGCAUGACGGCGAGAUUGUCGGUCUGAUCGAGAAUCUCCGUUUCCAACGUGUUCCUCGCUCUGUUCUCGAUAUGUUACUCCCGCCGGUUGCCGUGAAUCCUGUCAAACGAGGCCCUCAAAAGACUCGUCAACCAGCUUCGCCAAAGCCACAAAUCAGCCCAAAGCCAUCUACAUCAGUCCAGAAGCCAAAGGACCCAUUUUUGGAUUUGAUCGCGGUGGAGCUGGGGCUAUCUCCAUCUGAGCUGUCGCCUGGUGAUCAUCUCGGCGAUCUGGGAGUCGACUCGCUCAUGGCCUUGACCCUCGUAGCCCGACUCAAAGAGGAAUUCAGCAUUGACAUCUCCCACAGUCAAUUCCUCGAAUGCACCACCCUUUCUCAGCUUCUGACUGUAUUGAAUCCCGAUCACGGGCUAUCAGAUUCAGUCCCGAGUGAUGCCGUCAUUACAGAUCAUCCAAUCGAUCGUGUCAUCCCAUACGACGACGCAUGGCCAUCUUCAGGAUCAUCUAUCAGCGAAGUCGUCACACCGGAUAGUACCCCCGACGACACUGCGGAUCUAGUGAGAUCCAUUAUCAUGCAGGAAACAGGUCUCGCCACGGAAGAUCUAGAACCGAGCGCAGACUUGGUCUCGCUAGGAAUCGACUCUCUGAUGAGCUUGACUGUCCUGGGAAAGCUCCGAGAGGAAGGCGUUGAGCUGCCGAUGGAUUUCUUCCUCCAAAACCCAACCAUGAACGAGGUGUUGGGCGCUCUGGUCGCUGACAACAAGCAUCUGCAAUUGGAGCCAGUCGCUAGAAAAGACUACCAAGCCAGACUGGUUCUCCUCCAAAGACGUUCGAAUCAAUCCAGCAAUAAAACGUUAUUCCUGUUUCCUGAUGGUUCUGGAUCGCCAGUCUCCUAUGGUGCAUUGGAAGAGCUUCAUGCCGACUUUGACGUCUAUGGUCUUGUAUGCCCCUUCCUCAAUAGCCCAAACCAUUACACCACCGGAAUCGAAGGUGUUGUAUCAGAAUAUCUGGCGAUACUCAAAAAGCACAGUCCCAGAGGGCCAUACCAUCUCGGCGGCUGGUCAGUGGGGGGUGUCCUUGCAUACGAAGCAUCAAAACAGCUGAUUGAAGCCGGAGAUGAAGUCCACACUCUCGUUCUCAUCGACGCCCCUUGUCCCACUGUGCUUCCUCCCAUGUCCUCGUCUCUCAUCGACUUUCUCAAUUCCAUCGGGGUCUUCGAUCGAAGCCAUCCCAACAGUUCCGAAUUGCCCGACGCAAAACGCCAACUUGUCCUCGACCAUUUCAACGCGACUGUUAAAAAUUUAGCACGGUAUAAACCAACUCGUCUUGCAUCACCACCUCUGCGACCUCUUACCACGUUCGUCAUAUGGGCCAAGGAAGGUGUAUGCUAUGCACCAGACGACCCUAGAUUAAAAGCCAACCCUUCCCUAGCCACCGACGCCACUGCAACUUGGAUUUUGAAUGACCGGAGUGAUCUCGGUCCUCGAGGGUGGGAAACGCUCUUGCCGUUGAAAGAUAUCGCGACAAAAUCUGUUCCCGGGAAUCAUUUCACAAUGAUGCAAACUCCAAAUAUUGGAGAGCUCUCGAGACAGUUGCGGACCAUUCUUACUGCCUUGGCAUAGUGUUCCGAUUAGUGUUUGUUUCGUGUGUUGACAUAGGUCAAAUGGCAGUGUCGAGGUUGAUAUCUUACAGUACAAUCUACGGUACUUGGUUUAGGACCUGAGGCCAAAAGCUGUCUGUUGUGGAUUUAGUUUACUCUCGUGGAUAGUAUGUAGUUGUGUUGACCGAGAUACCCGCAGACAUAUUUAUUGGAGACCUCCGCAGGUCGUUUAAAC